AUGUCAAGCUUUCCAGACAUGCCAAAUCAUCAAGAGAUGCCGAAUCAUCUAGAGAUUCCAAAUCAUCUAGAAAUAUCUAAUCUUCCAGAGAUGUCUAAUCAUCAAGAGAUAUCAAAUCAUCCAGAAUUGUCUAGAUAUCCAGAUUUUGAUCCAGCUAAUUACAAACCAUACAAAUGUUAUCAAUGCACUAAUAAGCAUACAUGCGAACAUGGAUUCAAAACAUACAGAAUUCCAAAACUUGAAGAACUUAGUGAAUAUCACGGUUAUGGCAUUAAUCGUAAUAUGAGUUCCGGUCCGAGCACAUCGAAUGCUGAAUAUGGGAGAUACCCACCGAACCAAUAUACAAUUCCACGAAGAUAUUAUCCAUACGAUUACCAUUUGAGCCGUGAUAUGAUAUUGAUGCGCCUGCGAAACAGAAGAAUGAACCAAUAA